AUGGCCGCUUGUGAGGGGAAUCCAACCAAGCUAAGAGAUAUUUUCAUAAACUGCGUAAACCAUUUUGAAGGUAAACACGAGAAAUGCAGCGAGGAAUCAAUUUGCAAAGAAAAUGGACAUGUCCCGACAACGCUGCUCGUGAAAGACCCGCUAGCGUCGGAACUUCUAACAAAAUUUCUGAAAUCAACAACCAUCUACAAGAACGCGGAAGAUUACGUAAAGUCGAAGGAUACAUUCUAUGUAGAGUCAUUCAAUAAUACUAUGCUAAUUUACCUCCAGAAGAGGAUUCAUUACCAGGACAGAAGCUACAAACUGAGGCAGAGCUUGGCACUCCUAGACUGGAAUGAGCAUGUUGGGCGAGGCUACACUUCACGUUACUCUAUUGAGGACUGUCGUCAUCCAGACUGGCAAGGCGGGAAAAGGAAGUACUUCAGGAAGACAUACAGCUUCGUUCAAAAGAUUCGGGAGUUGGUGCUUCGGUCUGCUGCCCUGGGAGAUGCCAGCACGGUGAAUGACGACUCCCUUGUGAAUGACGAGAGUGUAUAACUUAUAGCUCGGGACAUCACUGGACAAGGGACAGAAAAAGCCAUUCCGCGGACUCAAA